AUGGUCGCUCCAAGCCACACUUCUACCGCUCGGGCUGGAAGCAAGACUACCACCCAGACGACUCCCAGCUUCGAAGACCCGAACUUCGACCCUGCUGAAUUCCUCAAUGAGUCGCUCUCACCAUUGACAUUAUCGUCUCUCCAGGGAAGCGCAGUCAGAACACAAGGCUCUGUACCGCUGUCCGAGCUGUCGGCCCAAGUACAAAACCUCCUUUCCCAGAUCAGUGCUCAAAAUGUGCGCCUGUCGAGCACGCUCUCCCAGCUGAGCGACGAGAUUCUUCGUGGAGGGGGGCGGCUGGCCUACGAGGUGGAACUUCUGAGAGGAGAAACGAUAGGCCUAUCCGAGACCCUCACCGAGGCCCUGCACGAAGAAAUUACUAAAUUUGUCCCCGAGUCAACCGCACACGCCAAAGCUCGCGUGGUUGACACUGCGCGUCAAGAAUCUACAAACGAACCGACCGAAGAGGCAGCAUCGGGUCCUACGGAGGAAGAGGACGAUGUCGAAAAGAAACCCGAUCUACCAACCAUAAACGACCCCGAGUACAUCACCAACCUUCGUACCCUGAACCAGGUGCGCGCUCGCCUCGAAGAUGUGGUUCAGACAUUUGGAGACGCGAUGGAAUGGCCACUCCCUCCAUCCGAAAUUUCCUUCUCCUCCUCCUUCAUUUCCGUGUCCGGACCCGAGCUAGGCGCCGAGGGCAACGAUCAAGAGGAAAAAGGACAAGAAGUGAUGAGGAAGAUCCGGGCGGAAAUCCUGGGACUACUAGAUCGAGAUGGAGGCGGACGGGAGGGACUGGACGCUGCUACUCGUCGCCUCGAGGAAUUACGAACCCUGGCUGUAGUCUGGAAGGGAUCCGCAGAGGAAAAGGCGCGACAGCGCUUUGUGGAUGCCUUGGGCAGAAUCGUGGACGAACGAAGACGAAAUUUGGAUCACAAACAAGCCGUGGCUGAGCAGAGCCAGCGUGCAUCUCGGUCACGACCGGAGCCGCCGCGGGAUCAUGACAACGGAGGAUCUGGAGGCGGAUUGUUCCGUAAUCUGCAGCGUCUCCGUGAGGAGAUCUAUUUAGAAUAG